AUGAGCAUCCUGUUGCUCCUAGUGGGUGGUGUUUUGUUCGCCUUUAUGUUUCUUUCCUGGAAAGACCAGUUUCAGAAAAACAGUGGUGAAAUGUCAUCAAAUUCAACCAUUCUUGUACUAGUAAGACCAUUGUCAUCUACUGGGUCAACUAAGGGUAAUACUGUUAACAGUCUUACAGUCAACAGCCUCUCUCAGGACAUGUUCAUUAAUUUCCCACACUCGAUAGUCAUACAAGAACUAAUAUUGGUAAACCUCAAGAUGGUGGAAUACAGGCUGACUGAAUCGGAACAAUGCCUAGUUACUAAGGAUUUAAAUGGUGCAUUAGUUAACUGUAAAUCCACUGGCAUGCUUAUAGAAUGUGCUGACUGUUAA